UUGACUUAUUCAUUCAAUAAAAGCAGGAACCAAAACAAUCGGUGCAAAGGCGGGACUUGAAGGCGCUUCAAUUUGCGAGAACAGCAACAGUCCCCGCCCCCUGCUACAGAGGCUCUUCUGGGUGUCUCAUGGCCGUCCUCCUUCUCCUGUUGAUGUUACCCACUCUACUCAAUGGUCAACUUCUCACUAGGACGGCGCUGGUCGGGGAGGACGUCUCUCUGUCGUACGACCCGGAGCUGUCCAAAGACCUGACUGAGACGCCAGUGAAAUGCUGCACGGACCAAAUGCUCAGAACAAAUGACUUCGUCUUUAAGAAGGACAAACCUCCCAAGGACAAUUCUAAACUACUGAGUCCCGAGUACAGAGGGAGAACGAGGCUGUCAGACGUAGACCUGAAGAGAGGAAUCGUCUCCCUCAGACUGUACAACGUCACACGGGCCGAUGAAGGCAACUACUACUUCGUGUUUCCCUCCAAGAUAUACAAGAUCCAGCUUCUCAUAGGUGCCGUGUCCUCCGCUACCAUCACCCUGGAGGAAUGCCCCGAAUGCAGCGGUCUGGUGCUGAGGUGUGAGUCCGUGGGCUGGUACCCCCAACCACAGCUCUCCUGGUGGACCGAUGGAGGCCUCCCCCUGCCUGCUGUCACCAUGUACACCACCUGGGACCCCACUGACGGCCUCUACACCAUCAGCAGCACCGUGGUGGUGGAGAGGGGCCAGGGAGCCGGGAACUACACCUGUAGAGUUCACCAGGAACGGUUCAACCAGACCAGGGAGGCGGAGAUAGCCCUGCAUGAGGACCAGUUCCCGUCCUGUUCUCGUCACCACUGGUGGUUGGUCCCUGCCCUGGCUAACUUUUUCUGUGCCCUUGUCUUGGUGAUGAUCAACGGUAAAAAAAAUAAAUCCAAAUUGCCGGAAAGAAAAUAAGAACCGGCCGUGGCCGUCGAACAACUCGGGCCUGUUGAAGACGCUAUCACACUAGUGUAAAUGUGUUUUUUUUGGUGUCAUAUUUUGCACUUUUAUUACUCCAUAAUGAAUUUAAUUUAACUCUUAUCAAUCAAUGUGCUAUUUACUUUGUAGCGUACCCUUUUGAGGUUUUAAAGGUUGUAUCAGCGACUCUAGGCCGUUACAUAAAUGAUCACGUUCAUCUGAUCUUUCCUCACGAUCCGCUAGCUGCCUGCCCCAUAAGCAGGCCGUCAAAGAGACGCUUCUCUAUAGGCAGCCUAUGCUCCGAGAUCGUACACAAAAACUAAUGGUUUCACCAACCAUUCAAAACCAAAAUAAAUAGUAUUCCAACCAAUCACAGACAAGGGGUGGGUGUUGUGGGGUUUUGCGCUGCGUUCAUGAUAGUUUUUACUGGAUGCACAAAACACGGAAGGGAGGGGCGAGCUGGCUCUGUUUGUUUGGGAUCUCGCUUCAACUACCAACAGAAGAGACGUCACCCAGCAUCGCUGAUACAACCUUUAACCAUUUAUUUAUGCCAUCAUGAAGCUUCUUAAAAGCAGCAUGGAAUAUCGGCGAGUACACAAGUCAAUGUGCUGCUCCGAUACCAUCCCGUGACUCUGGCUCCUUUACUACACCGGAAAAGAUCAUCUCAAACACUGUGGUGUUAUGCUGCGUAUCCCACAUGUGUUCUUUUUGGUGUCAUAUUUUGCACUUUUAUUACUCCAUUAUGGAGUUUAAUUUAACUCUAAGAAUCAAUGUGGCUCUGUUUGUUUGGGAUCUCGCUUCAAAUACCAACAGAAGAGACGUCACCCAUGCAGUGGAACACGCACUCUCUUUGCACUUUAGUUUAAAGUUGAAGCAUGUCGAUUGUAGUCUCCUUUAAAGUUAAUAAUAUGAUAAACUAAUGAAUGAGACUUAUUUUUUCUUAUUAUCUCUGAUAUUAUAAUCCAUAUACUAUGGAUUGAUAAGGAGAUUUAAGAAAGAAAAUAGAAUUAAAAAAUCUCUAAAUUCCACCCAGCUCUAAAUUCCCCGGGUAGCUGUUUUUAGUGUUGGUAUGUCCGAAGGUUUCUCCCAGAGUACUGCUGUUGGCCCAUGUACACAUGUGAACCGUUUAGGGCCGAACUAUACUCAUUUUAACUUAGCCUUUGAUUUAAUGUUCUUGAAUAUUUUUGCUCUGAACCGAAUGCGUUCUUUUAAAUCAUGUUUUCAUCCGUCUUUUAUUUAUUCAUUCAUCGUUUUGAAACCCGUUUUUUUUUUAUUGUAUGACAUGUAUAUGUGUAAAGCACAUGGCCCUCAAGUAUGAAAUGUAUACUUGAGGGCCAGACAGCUCAUCGUUACACCGUCAUUAAACAUCACAUAUCACCACAUCAGCAUGUCAAAAAUCACAGCUCCCCACUGUUCUUGUACAGAAGAACUGUUUUAAAGUAUGUUGUAAAGAGUUUACUGUUUCCAAUCUGAAUCAGACUUUUUAAAGUUUAGAGUAAGGGUUACCAGUUUGAGCUGCUGGCUGAGGUUACAAACAAAGGAGACAAACGGAGGCCUGCUUUCAAUGGUCAACACAUUGAUUCAAUAAAACUGUG